GUGCAAUGGGACAGGAAGUGAUACGGAAGAAGCAGCCGAGCAAGCCAUUUGGGGGAAAGGAGAUACUCUUUACCCCAGAAUUCUGGUUCUGCCAUUUGUUGUGCAAGUUGUGACAGGAAUGUGUUGAAAGGGUAUAAAGCGUACGGAACUUUCACUGUAAUCCACACAGCUGAGGAGAAGAUAGUUCUUAGACUAGCUAAAGUUCACUGGACGGCUACAACACACACACACACACUUAGAAAAACCACAAGAUAUCAGGACUAAAACAGACUGUGAUGGACUCCACCACACUGGUUGCAGUGUUGCUUCUCCUCUCCACAGGGAUCCAGUCAGCAAAACGUUCAGACAACCUUCAACCAACACAAUGGACACUCAGCCCGGACCGCGCAGAAUCCAAAAUCUCCACGCUGCCUGUAAAUGGUAGUGAUAUGGAGGAACCUCGUGUUCUGAGGAUGUCAAGACCCUGUAAAGAUGAGGAUUCUGACUACUGCCUGAACGGACAGUGCAUGUACCCCCCUGACAGCAAUACCCCUGCCUGCACGUGUGAUGCUUCCUACAGCGGAGCUCGCUGUGGUCUGUUGGUCCACCAGGCGACGCUGUGCGAGUUAGCCACAACAGAGGAGGUGAUUGCCAUCUGCGUGGGUGUGGCCAUGUUAGUGUGCUGCCUCACUAUCGGUCUCUACUGCUGCAUCAAGAGAAGGUGUGAAAAACAGCCCCUUCUCUACAAGACCUACGGUGGCUCGGAGAACUCAGUUUGAUCCCCGUCUUCAUCAUCCCCACCGCCAUCAUCAUCAUCAUCUUCAUCAUCAGCAUCAUAAUUACCAUCAUCAUCAUCAUCAUCAUCACCACCAACCUCGUCUUGUUUUGCUGUCCCAACAAUUCCAUAACCAACAAAGACUUCCCAAAUCAAAUUGAGGCUAUUUAUUUAAAUAUCUAAAAUAAGUUAUUAUUAAAAAUAAAAAAUAAUGUAUGUGUACAUGUAUUUAAUGGGGUUUGUUUUGUAACAAAUGUCUAUAAAAUCUGAUCCCUGUUGUCUGAAGAUGGUGAUUUUUCAUAAAGAAGUCAACAUCACCAAUUACAUGAGAGAGGUCUACAUGUUGCCUCAUUUAACCACCAGGUAUUAGAAUUACAACCGAUUGAAAAGAUUCCUAAAACAGCAGGGACACUAACAGUCAGCCAGGUCAGGAUGAAAGAGUGGUACAAAAUGGCACCAUAUUCCCUAUAGAAGGACUCUACAGCCCCGUUUAUACCUGGUGCUAACAUGCACCUGUUGUCACUCCAAAAAUAUACCGUAAAAAGAUUUGCUCCCCCCCCCACCUCGUAGAAUUUACGACGACAAAAUAACAAUAACGACCCUCUGUUUAUAAACGGGGAUAUCGACGUUGCCACUUUAAGCAUGCGUUUGUGUUACAGUCGUUGCAGCGCAGGGCUAUGAGCCAGAAGGUGGAGGGUUUUCACUCUCCCUUCCUGUUUCCUUAGGCCUACGUCACAGAGCCGUCUGCAGACAACGAUCAGCUAAGGGGGGAAAUCUGAUUUUCAACAUUCUGAUGCCAUAUUUAUAAUAUAAAAUAUAUGCAACGAAUUUUCCAACAACAGGUUUCUGUGCCAAUGCACCACACAACCAAUAAAGAAAGCCUACCGGCUUUGUGCGCUUCAAUAUCCAAGUCUAUUGUGGUGUUGAAAACGAAAACGAUGUAAAUCUUGACAAACAGAAAAUACAUCCCUCCCUACCUUGUAGGCUUUACCCAGGAUCAAAGGCUUGGCUUGACUCAGAAUGUCAUUAAACUUUAUGGUGUUUUUGUAA